AACUGAUCUGAUUGGAUGCCAUUCCUAACCUCGGACUUUGGGAUGAUUGGAGUAACAUGGCUGCUGUUGGGUGCGGCGCUAGCAUUAUUUUGGGCAUAUUCGUGGUGGAAACACAGAUUCUGGGCAAAGAAAGGUGUGCCCACUCCGCCUGUGGUCCCCUUCAUCGGUCAUGCGCAUAAAUUGCUUCUCCCAGAGCAAAGAUGUAACUUUGAAAAAGAGGUCUAUUUCAACUAUAAUGGAUCAAAGUUAUGUGGUGUCUACUCCUUCCACGAGCCCAUGUUACUGGUGGGCGAUCCAGAACUCAUGAAACACAUUUACGUGAAGGACUUUGACCACUUUAUGGACAGAAGGACAUUAGACAUGCCGAGCGAGAAGGACAAAGUAAUGGCCAACAUGUUGUCUCUGAAGACAGGCGAAGAGUGGAAGAAACUGAGAGCCAUCAUGUCUCCCACUUUCACUUCAGGCAAAAUGAAGGGGAUGUUCCCGCUCGUGUGCAAAAAGGCCGACGAACUCGUCUCCUUCUGCCUGAAGGAAGCACGCACAAAGCCCUUUGUCGACAUGAAGUAUAAUUUUGGCCGCUUCACCAUGGACACAAUUGCUUCAUGUGCCUUUGGUAUUGAAUGCAAUUCACUAGUGGAUGAAAAGCCAGAAUUUGCUGAAAAGGUUGACACUUUCUUCAAAAUUACGCCGGGAAUGAUAUGGAGACUUGUUUUCCUGAGCGUAUUUCCUAAACUUGCCAAGCUACUUGAUAUGAGAUUUUCAGUACCAGCAACUGAUUUCUUUACGGAAGUGGCCCGUGAGACCAUGCGAGCGAGGCAAAGUGGAAAUAAAAGAGGAGACUUUUUGGAUCUCUUGCUGGAGGCAGAAGUCUCUACUGGCGAUGCCGAAGGAAACACGGAAAUGCAAGACGACAGUAAAUCGUCCAAGUCUAAGCAAGCACUGGAUGAACUUACCAUCAUUUCCCAAAGUGUCAUGUUCCUGGUCGCCGGUUACGAUACAACAGCCUCCACGCUGGCCUUUGCGUCCAUCCUACUUGCCAAGCACCCAGAGAUCCAGCAACGCCUUCGUCAGGAGAUCAGUGAAAUGGUCGAGGAACACGGCGACAUAACCUACCAGGGGAUUAUGGAAGCCAAAUAUCUUGAUGCUUGUGUCAUGGAAACCCUUCGUAUGUACCCACCGGGGCUUUUCCUGGAGCGCAAGUGUAUAAAGGAAUACAAGAUCCCUGGCACGGACGUGACCCUCGAGCCUGGCUUAAUAGUGACAUGCCCGCUCUUCACCAUCCACCGGGACCCGAAGUACUGGCCUGAGCCCGAGGAAUUUCGGCCCGAGCGCUUCCUGCCGGAGAACAAGGCGAACAUCACCCACCUCACGCACAUUCCCUUCGGAAUAGGACCCAGGAACUGUAUAGCGAUGAGAUUUGCCCUAAUGGAAGCCAAAGUGAGUCUGGCCAAGAUGCUCCUUGCCACAGACAUGAAGUUGGCACCAGGACACGAAGAAAUUAAGGCUGACUUUGGCUUUGGUUUGCUGAGGCCAAAAGACGGUGUUAACCUUCUCCUGACACCUUUGAAAGAAGAGUGAAAAAUGAAAGGAGAGAAAGAGAGAGAGAAAGAGUCAUUUAUUCCCAAUGAAUACAAGUUCAAGAUUGAGAAAGGAGAGAAAGGAAGAUCAUGUAUAAUGUGCCUUAUCAGUAACGGAUUCCUGUACAUUAGAAGGGGGCGUGUGAAGCAAUUGUCUGAAAUCUUUCGUAUGUUGGAUAUGUCAUUUUCAAUUCUACCUUUACUUGCUAGCUAUUUAUAUAUCUCCAUUCUAACUUCAGAAUGAAGGUAAAUAUGAAUUAAUGAUAGUGAUGAUAAUAAUGAUAAUAAUAAUAGUGAUAGUACUGAUGAUACAAAGUACAAAAACAGCAACGAAAGGGAAAAAAAACGCAAAAAAUCAUAUAAUUGGAAAGUGCAUGCCAUGUGUAUUAAAAUGAAUAAAUAAAUGCACAUAAUAAAUGAUUUUUUUUUUUUUUUUUUUUUUUUUUGGGGGGGGGGGUUGUUGUUGACAUGAAACAUGUUGACAUGAAAUGCAGAAUAUAUCACACGAGAAGUCAAAGUAACAUGCAAAAUAUAUUAUGCAUUUACUUAACUCAUAAGUAUUUCUUAAUGCAGAAAAGCAGGGGAUGAUUUGUAAUGAUGUAGAUUACAGGAUAACAGAAACUGAUAUGUGUCUAUUAUGGGUAAUAAGAUGAUUAAGUAAAUUCGUUCUGGAGGACGAAUCAUGAAGUGAUACAAAUAAUACUUGUAAUGACAAAUAAAGGUAUGGAACAAGUUCUUUA